GCUCUCCGCAGCCUGCCCAGGCGCCCCGGACGAGGAGGAAGAGGAGGCCGAGGUGGGGUGGCAGGAGAAGCUCUUCAGCCAGUUUGAGGUGGAUCUGUACCAAAAUGAAUCAGCCUGCCAGACUCCCCUGGACUGGCAGUACCAUGAGGAGAUCUUGAAACUGGAGAAGGCUGGAGGUCGGAAGAACUAUCGCAUCUUCACCUACACGGAUCAUGACCGAUUCACCAACCUAGAGGAGCACUGCCAGAAGGUAACUGACUCAGAUCAUGAGGUACCAUCGUAUCUGGCAGAGAGGAUGGCCAAUGUGAGAAGGAGAAGACAAGACCGUAGGCCAGUAGAAGCAAGUUCUCUGAAGUCAAAAAUCAUCACCUGGGAACCCUCAGAAGAAUUUAUAAAGAACAAUCAUGUGAUUAACACUCCUGUCCAGACUAUGUACAUCAUGGGGGACUUGGGACCUUAUGGGAAGCUUGGUCACAGGGAGUAUGAACAUGUUCUUUGCACAAUCAAGGUGGAUGGCAAUGGGGUGAUCACAGUGAAGCCUGACUUUACUGGCACCAAAGGAGCCUACCGGAACGAAUUGGAUGGAGAGAAGAGAGAGGUGUGGAAAUACACCAUUGAGAAUGCGUCUGUCCAAUUGCAGCCAGAGGAGGAGGAAAGUGAGCAGCACAUGUUCAGAGGUCUGUACAGUCGGCACAAGGAAUACCUCAGCGGUCUCGUAGGCUCAGAAUUUGAAACGACUCUUCCUGGUACACUGCGGCUUUUUGUGAAUGGAGAAAUAGUUUCAGCUCAAGGCUAUGAGUAUGACAACCUCUAUGUCCAUUUCUUCCUGGAGCUACCUAACCAGUGGUCAAGCCCUGCGUUCCAGCAGCUAUCAGGAGUGACACAGACCUGUGCCACCAAGACAGUGGGCUGGGAAAACGUGGCAUACUUCUGCUACCCCUUCACUUUGGAGAUGUUUUUCACCCAAGAAGACGAAUUUGCAGACAGUCUCCCUCAGUGGCCUGUUCUCUACUUUGAGGUCCUCUCCCUGGAUUUCUGGCAGAGGUAUCGCGUUGAAGGAUAUGGUUCCUUGGUGCUGCCAGCCUCUCCAGGUCUCCACAUGCUCACCAUCCCUACCUGGCGCCCUGUGGAGCUGGGGACAGUUGCUGAGCUGAGGAGAUUUUUCAUUGGUGGAUCUCCUGAGCUGGAGGACAUAACCUACGUCAGGAUACCAUCAACCUUCAAGGGAGAGCGUCUGAGCCGCUUUGGUUUUCGCACAGAGACAACAGGGAGUGUCACGUUCCGGCUUUACUGCCUGCAGCAGUCUAAAGCCUUUCUGGAAACCAGUGCCCUGAGGCAGCGCGUGCGGAGUGUACUGGACCGGCUUGGAGGCUUCAGCCAGCAGAGCUCUGUCUACAACGUUUUGGAGGCUUUCCAGAGGGCACGGCGCCGGAUGCAGGAAGCACGCGAGAGCCUUCCUCAGGACCUCAUCAGCACCUCUGCCUCCACUGUGCACCAGUCACAGGAACCAUGAUUGACCACCUCCACUGCCUGGGAGCAUUUAGCAUCUUCUCUCUGACACGAGCUCCCGUUGUUCAGUAGGAGUCACAGUGCUGGUGCCUGGAAGCUUUCGAAGCCCUUCCUUUGUCGUUUUCCUUGGGUGGGGGAAGGAGUCUGUAACACAUCCAGACCCAGAAUCUUUGCAUUUCCAUGGGAACCUGUGGAAGGAGCACCAUUUCUUCAAGGCAUUUUGUUAACCAGGCCCUAACAACACAGCCAAUUAUCCACAUUUUUGCUGAGCAGACUAAAAUACUGACAUGGGACCUGUGAACCCUUUAACACCUUUUCAGGAAUUGAAUAGUAAAUGAUUAGAAAAAUUUCAAGUCUACAUAACUUGGUAGAUUUAGUUUUCUUCCUAAAGAAGAGGGUGAUGUUGAAGGUCAAGGCAUGAAUGCUGUUUGAGAUUUAAUGAAAUGAGUAGAUAACUUCUUGAGAAGUGCUGAUAAUCAUUGUCAGCAUUUGUAGCUAUGGGUCAGUCAAUACUAAAAUGAAUCUGUUCCACCUGUGCCUUAAGAUUGAUUCAUUCCUAGAGAGAAAGCUCUCUGCCACAUAUAAUAUACGAAAGCAAAGCAAAGGAGUGAUGUUUGACAGAUUGAGAACUGGAGAAAAGGGUUACAUUCUGUAUUGCCUUGUGUGUGCUCAUAACAUUUCUGGCUCUGCAGUGAUGAGCAGGAGGAUUCUUUGCUCAAGAAUACAACUGAAAAUACACAUUCCCCUUAGUUCAUAGCAGAACUUUGGCUGGGGCUGGACAGUUUGCAGACAACGAGAGCAGAUUAUAUCAUUUGCACAUCAGCUGAACUUUGAACUGUUCAAGCUGUUCCUUUGAGCUACAGUUCAUUGUUCCAUCUCUGAUUGCAGUACACUGCAUUGCUUCCUGGGGAAUCCUGUGUGUACCUGUUUUUUACCCAGUUUCUUCUGUUCAUUUCUCAGACUUUUUUUUUUCUUCCCUGUUUUUGUUCCUGUCUCAAGUUCACAGAAGCGAGGCUACCUGCAGACUGACAGUGCUGUGUUGAUUUGUGCACGAGUCAUAUUUCCAUGUGUUCUCCUCUGCUCCUAACACAAAGGAUAGGAAGAAAAGUCUCAGGCUGAGAUCAUGCAGGUCUGAAUGUGUCUGUAAAGUUAGAAUUCACAGGCAGAAUAUGAAAUAGGAAUUGGCCUUCCUCCUUUUGCUCUGCACAUUCCUUCUUCACAGGGAGCAUGAGACUCAUGGCUGCAGCAAUGUGUGUGAUUGUUAGAACAUCCCCCUCUUCCCUGCUGCUCCGUUGUCUUCCUCACUCCCUUCUUGCCAUUUUGAUCCUGUCCCAGCCUUCACUGGGAAAACCAAACUCCUAGCUUUGUUCCUCCUUCACCUUUGUUGUAAUUCCUAGAUCUGUUUGGCAGCUUGAAUGUGUCUGGCAGUUUCAAUUGUAAAAGGAUUUUUGCUCACCUUCCUCGCCUGCUACCCCUCCUUUUUGAUGGAAAAGUGUGUAUUAGAUAGCAUGGCCUGUUAAGCAGAGCACAGUGUCCUUGGCCUCGAGCUGGAUGUUGUAUCUUGUGCAUGAGUCAGUUCUCCACUUAGGCUUUUGAUGUGAUGGCUGUGAAGGCACAGGCCCAGUUCUGGAGGACCAGAUUUCAGGUGUGUCUGCUAUCGUGGUCUUUAGUGAUCUAGGCAUGUUUCACCAGAGAUUGACCCACUCAGUGCUCAGGAUGAAAAGCAUUCACUGAGUAUGUAGCACUUGCUAUCUCUUUUUUUUUAUCAUAAUUCACGUCAUGGCCCUGUAUGUUUAUUGCAUGCUAUCUAAGCAAUACUUAAUUUCCUUCUGGGUGUUUCUGUUGUGCUUAUCACUAAUAGCUGAAUUGCAUGUCUCUGAAACCCUUUUCAGGAUUGAGUUACAAGGUCAAGAGAAUAUUCUUUUUAUCAAUAAAGUAACAAAACACCUUUCUGAUUGAGAUGAUGCCAAAAGCAGAUCCUGUUAGAGAGUGGACUCUUCUGAUUAUAAGAUCAGGUUCCCAACUCGUGCUCAUUGCUCAGCACAUUUUUAUGGCAGGAUUUGGUGUAUUGAGUGUUGAGAUUACACAGAGGCACAGUAAGGUUUACAUAAUGAUACUAGUUUUGCUAGUUAAAACUCUGAAUAGUGUAAAAUCUUACAGAAACUCGAGAGCAAAAUUUGAAAAUAAAAAAUUAUCAUAACCAAAGAAGUAAUUCUUCCAAAGUAAGAUAUUGUUAGCAGUUUUUCACCUUCAUACUUCCAGCCUCCUUUGCCUGACAGAACAAAAUGGUGCUCGUAAAAGGUGUUUUGGAGAAAGCCUUCAGCAAAUGUUCUUUGAAUAUGCCCUUUUAUAAAUGAAACUAGCAAAUUUCCAUAUACAUGUACAUGUAUGAAAAUGUCACUGAUCUUUUAAUAAAAACUGGCAUUUGGUGCA